UCACCGUCAUCCUAUAUAUUUUAGGGUGCUGGGUCGUCAUCAGCCCAUCCAUCGUUCUAUGUAUGUCUCCUCUCUUCUGUUCGUUUGUUUGGGGUGGGGAAGAAAAAGAAUGGAGAUGGAGAUGAGUCUAGGAGGAGGCAUGGAGGGAGGGGCAGCAUAUCUCUUCACAUUGGUGGCUUUGGUGGUGGGAUUCUUGGUGUACUUCUACGCUCCCUACUGGGGGUUGAGGAAGGUACCCGGACCUCCCACCACCCCGCUGGUUGGGCACCUGCCCUUGCUCGCCAAGCAUGGACCGGAUGUGUUCAGUAUCCUCGCCAAGACUUAUGGUCCCAUCUACAGGUUCCACAUGGGUAGACAGCCUUUGAUAAUAAUUGCGGAUGCAGAACUGUGCAAAGAGGUCGGGAUAAAGAAGUUCAAGAGCAUCUCCAACCGAAGCCUGCCUUCUCCCAUCGCUGGAUCUCCUCUCCACCAAAAAGGCCUUUUCUUCACAAGGGAUUCAAGGUGGUCAGCUAUGAGAAACACCAUAAUCUCCCUCUACCAACCUUCCCAUUUGGCUAGCCUCAUCCCCACCAUGCAAUCCUACAUAGAAUCUGCUACUCGAAACCUCUCCAAAGCUGAAGCAGAAGACGUCACCUUCUCCGAUCUCUCUCUCAAACUUGCCACCGAUGUCAUCGGCCAGGCCGCCUUUGGUGUUGACUUUGGCCUUUCCAAAGAAGGCUCCCCUGAUAAACCCAACAAAGAUGAUGAAGUCUCAGCCUUCAUUAAAGAGCAUAUAUACUCCACCACCUCCCUCAAAAUGGAUCUUUCUGGUUCCUUCUCCAUCAUACUUGGCCUACUUAUCCCAAUUCUCCAAGAGCCAUUCAGGCAACUCCUCAGACGAAUACCGGGAACCGCCGACAGGAAGAUAGACCAGACCAACCUAAGACUGAGCAGCAGAGUGAACAAGAUCGUCGCAAAGAGGGCUUGUGAGAAGCAAAGAGGCAGCAAGGACUUCUUAUCAGCCAUAUUAAAUGCCAGGGAGUCGGAUAGAGCAUCGAGCGACCUCUUCACCUCCGACUACAUCGGUGCUCUAACUUACGAGCACCUUCUUGCUGGGUCGGCGACCACUUCCUUCACACUGUCAUCGAUUCUUUACCUCGUCUCCCAACAUCCAGAAGUUGAGAAAAAGCUCCUUCAGGAAAUUGAUGCAUUCGGGCCGCAUGAUCUGAUUCCGACUGCAGAGGACCUUCAGCACAAAUUCCCCUACCUUGAUCAGGUGGUAAAAGAGGCAAUGAGGUUAUAUAUAGUGUCACCAUUGGUUGCAAGAGAAACAUCUCAGAAAGUGGAAGUUGGCGGCUAUGUUCUCCCAAAGGGCACAUGGGUCUGGCUAGCACUUGGAGUCUUGGCCAAAGACCACAAGAACUUCCCGGAGCCCCAUGUGUUCCGGCCGGAGAGGUUCGACCCCGCCUGCGAUGAAGAGAAGCGACGGCAUCCCUACGCACACAUUCCAUUUGGAAUCGGACCGAGGGCGUGCAUUGGGCAGAAGUUCUCAUUGCAGGAGAUCAAGCUGUCGGUCAUACACCUCUACCGCAAGUAUGUUUUCAGGCACUCCCCUCAAAUGGAAAGCCCUCUGGAAUUCCAAUAUGGCAUUGUGCUCAAUUUCAAACAUGGCGUCAAGCUUCAAGUCAUCAAGAGAUCCAUUACGUAGCAUAUGGAUUUGCGUUUGUUUGCUGUUCAAUUAGGAGAACAUAGACUACAAGUUGUUCACUAUAUAUAUACUGUCCUUAUACCUACAAUCAAUGUAAUCAUCAGUUGGCUUUUACGAGUUGUACGAGUGUCUAUACUCAAAUCAAAAACAGAUAAGACAUAAACCCAUUAGUGUGGUUGUGGGUCCUUUUUUUCUGAAGAAAUGGAGAAAAAGCUCUUUGAUGAAUCAUAAGGCCUUUUGUAGU